AUGUUAUAAUAAUCAGAUAAGGACUUCACUCUUGAAUAGGUGGUUGGUACAGGAACAUUUGGAAUGGUGUAUUUGGUAAAUUUUUUUAAGAAUGAAACUAGGCUACUGAUAAUAAGACCAAAGAGAAGGUAGCCAUAAAGAAAGUGUACCAAGAUCGUAGAUAUAAGAACAGAGAGCACCUUAUCAUUUAAGAAUUGAAUCAUCCUUGUGUGGUUAUGUUAAGACACUCUUUCUUCACACCAGGGGAAAAUGUAUAUCAAUUACAUAUUCAUACUCUAGCCAUAAGAUGUGUACCUAAAUCUAGUUAUGGAAUAUGUACCUGAAACACUUUCAAAAAUGAUUAGAUAAAUGCGUAAAUAGAAACAAAGUGUCCCUGCUCCUUUGAUAAAGCUCUACAGUUAUUAGAUGAUAAGAGCAUUACUUUAUUUGUAGGGUAUUAGACAAAAUAUUUCACUCUAGCAAUUGGGAUUUGUCACAGAGACAUUAAACCUUAAAAUAUCUUAGUAAAUUUAGAGACCAAUGUUUUAAAAAUAUGCGAUUUUGGUUCAGCAAAACGACUUGUUGUCGGAGAACCCAAUAUAGCUUAUAUAUGUUCACGUUACUAUCGAGCUCCUGAAUUAAUUUUUGGAGCCACAGAUUACAAUACUUAAAUAGAUAUGUGGUCUAUUGGUUGUGUGAUUGCUGAAAUGGUUAUCCUUGAACCUUUAUUUCCAGGAGAAAGUGCUUAAGAUUAAUUACUUUAAAUCAUCAAAAUACUUGGUACUCCAACUCCAGAGGAUAUUAAUUAAAUGAAUCCUGCUAAAGCUGAUGUCAGAUUACCUAUGAUUAGAGGGAAUCCCUGGACUAGAGUAUUUGCAAAAUAAAAACCAGAACCACUCUUUUUAGAUCUUAUUACAUAAAUGCUUACGUAUUUAAGAACAUCAUAAUAUAAUUAGAUAUUCACCUAAAACAAGAAUCCAACCAAUUGAUGCUCUUUUACAUCCAUAUUUUGAUGAUCUUAGAAAAGAAGGAUUCUCUAAUCAAAAUUUUAAGACACCUAAUCUUUUCGACUUCAAUAAAUAAGAACUAAGCAUAAAACCAGAACUCUAAACUAAAUUAGUUCCAUAAUGGUAUUAAAAGCUAAAUAAAUGA